AUGAAAGGAAGGCACUGGUUACCAAUUGAGGAGUCUGGGAAUGGGAUGGAAAGGGGCAAAAUGAUUAGUGAGGGGCAAAAGCAGAAAUUGAAAAUGAUGGCAACUGAGACUGUCAUCCCUCACCGUUUCCCCCUAUGGAGAAUUAGUGUCCGUAGUAUCCCACUACUUGGAGGGUUUAGGACCCACAGUUAUUUGACAAAUCUUGAGAAAAAAAGCAACAAACUGGUUUUUGGAUUUUGGUCUGGGGAGAGGCGAUCCAGUGUAGAAGAUGAUGCCAUUUUCAGUGACAUCAUUGGAAAUACCUUGGGCCUGAAGAGAGGAGAUAGAUUUGUUGCCAUGUUUGGGAAAUGUGGAAUCGUCCCAUCACAAAAGGACACCCACAAACCCAUCCCAUCUCCUGCCAUCACCAAUUCACAUGUCACUCUCCCACCUUAA